AUGACUACAUUCGAUGGCGCAGAAGUAACGACAGCCGCCAUCAUCGCCGCGCUAGCCAGCGAAGGCGCCAUCCACCCAAUGGACACAGUAAUAACACGCAUGCAAUCCCCAAUAUAUAGCAGCGUCUAUAAGCACCUAAACGGCACACUCAACCGCAACCUCUUCAGCGGGCUGUACCAAGGCUUCGGACCAACCUUCAUCGCAGGGACACUCUCAUCAGCAGCUUUCUUCACAGCAUACGAAGCCUCAAAAGUAGCCUUCGAGAAUGCACAGUCUGCUGGAUAUAUGCUCGACGUCCCGCGGCCGCUGAUUCACGUUGCUAGUAGUGCUGUUGCCGAACUACUCGCUUGCGCUAUCCAGAACCCAGCUGAGGUAUUGAAGCAGAAUGCUCAGGUUGUUCAGCGGCCGCUUCAUGCUAAAGGCGGUCCGUCUCCGACGAUGGAGAUGAUUCAUCAGUUUCGGAAAUAUCCUUCUGGGUUGUGGGCUGGAUAUACUGCUUUGGUGGCGAGUCAAUUACCGAAUAUCUGUCUUACGUUUUGUUUGUAUGAGAUGUUUAAGGAGGAUUUGCUUGAGCGGUGGAAGGCAGAGAAAGGUGAUAUCAGACAGCAGCUUGAAGCGACUGUUUUGAGUGCUGGUGUUGCGGGGGGUUGUGCGUCUUGGUUCUUUGUUCCUAUCCAUGUGGUCAAGACGAGGAUGAGACUUGCGGUUGGGGACCAGGUAGGCUGCACCCGAUCGAGUCUCAAAGUAACCUCCGGUUUACCAUCCCGUGUCGGGGCAUUUGCUAUUGCUCGAGAUGUGUUGCGGAAGGAGGGGGUAGCUGGAUUGUUUCGGGGAUCUGUUUUGACCUGCGUAGCAGCGGUUGUGGGGAGCGGGCUCUAUAUUGGGUGUUAUGAGGGGAGUAAGAUAUACUUGUUCAAUUAUUAA